CUGACGCUCUCAGUCGUAAUAGUACCGCAUCUAAGCACGGUCGUUAUCAUACAUAACAUAAAUACUUAUAGUAAAAAUUAUAUUCAUCAUUAUAAAAGUUUUAGAAAUAUGUUUAAAGAAAUAUUAUUUCUUCUUAGUUUAGGUUGCUAUAGUGAAGCAGCAAAUAUACUUUAUAUAAUUCCUUAUGCAGAAAAAUCCCAUUACAUAAUGUUAAGGCCCAUAGGAUUAGAGUUAGCGAAGAGAGGUCACAACGUAACGGUUAUAACUUCGUUCAAGGAAACUGACCAUCCUUCAGGUUACCAUCAGAUUAUGGUGGAUGACGUCGGAUCUGAUGAUAAAACUGCUUUUGGUGGGAAUGAUGGUUCCCGUCCUAAUCUAUUCACUACAGUGGAUAUGUCAACAGAAACAAUUCUUUGGAAAUUUCUUUGGGUCGGUGGAUUAGCUUUAACAGAAAAUUAUCUAAAAUCGAAGCAAGUUCAAGAAUUUUUGGCAAAAGACAAUACUUUUGACAUGGUCAUCAGUGAACAAUUUGCUCAAGAAGCAUUUUAUAUAUUAGCUCACAAAUACAACGCACCUUUGGGAUUAGUAUCGACGUUCGGGAACUGCAUGAAGCAUAAUAUUGUUACAAGAAAUCCUUUGCAAAUGGCAACUGUUACUUUUGAAUGGGCUGAAAUUCCCGAACCUACAACAUUUGUUGGUCGAUUAAAGAAUCUGUAUUACUCACUUUAUGAGUACGCUUAUUGGAAGUACUGGUUCUUAUACGAACAAGAACGACUGAUGACGAAAUAUAUUCCAAACAUACCACAGCCUGUGCCAAGUCUAUUUGAAAUGCAGAAGAAUGCAUCAUUAUUGUUGAUGAAUGGCCACUUCACUUUUGAUCCUCCAACUGCAUAUCUACCAAAUAUUGUAGAGAUUGGAGGAGCUCACCUAUCUCAUAGCAAAUCUCAGCUACCUGUUGAUCUCAAGAAGAUUUUAGACGAAGCACCUCAUGGAGUUGUUUAUGUAAGUUUAGGAUCAAAUGUGAAAAGUGCAGAGCUACCUAUUGAGAAGAAGAAUGCGUUUAUCAAAGUUUUUGGGAGUCUUAAAGAGACAGUGCUAUGGAAGUGGGAAGAUGAUGAUUUGGGUCCUAUCCCUAAAAAUAUAGUAACCAGAAAAUGGAUGCCGCAAAAAGAUGUUUUAGCUCAUCCAAAUGUGAAAGUCUUCAUUUCUCACGGUGGCCUCAUCGGAACACAAGAAGCUACUUACAACGGGGUCCCAAUUAUUGGCAUCCCCAUCACUGGCGAUCAGUACAAUAAUUUAUUACUAGCUCAAAAUAUUGGAUUUGGCAGAAUACUUCGUUACCACGACAUUAGUGAAGAAACCCUUGGAAAUAAUCUUAAAGAAGUGCUAAAAGAUGACUCUUUUAAAAAUAAGGCUAUAGAAAUAGCAGAUAGAUUCAAAGAUAGGCCUAUGAAUGCUUUAGACACUGCUAUGUUUUGGAUCGAAUACGUUAUUAGAAAUAAGGGUGCAAAUUAUAUGAAAAAUCCUGCAAUGGAUUUGAGUUGGGUAGCUGCUAAUAUGUUAGAUGUCUAUACAUUUGUUUUGUUCGUUGUUUUAAUUAUUAUUUUUGUAGCAAUUAAAGUAGUGUUAGGUCUAAUAAACAUGGUUGGUAUUGGUGACAAUAGGGUCGCACAGAAGCGGAAACGUUCUUAAUUUUACAAUAACGACAUCUGUUGAUUAUUACUGUGUACUAUGUAAGAAAGUUAUCUUCUUACUUCGUGUUGAACAAGUCCAACAACAAAAGUUCCGACGUAGCUUUGAAGAUGGCGCUGAUAUAAUAAAGUGAUUUGCUGCAUGAAAA